UGUAGCAGUAGAAAAGACAGGCGGCGUGUUGGACCGAACACCAUGUCCGGUCAACAACAAGCUCACAAAGUCGUCGCCUGCGCGCCAAACUGCAAGUCCUGCGUAGACGAAGUCCGAACCGGACGCGUCGAAGAUUAGUGCUGAAGAGGAGGAAGAGGAAGAAACGUUCUCGGCUCCUCUGCUUCCUUUUCCAACCCAACCGUUUGAUGGCCAGACGGGGCCUCCGACCAACCGCCGCAGGAGCAGCACCAUGACGCGCCUGAGCCGGACGGCGCUCGUCCGCUUCGAUUUCCGGUGGGCCCGCGUCCUUGGCAUCGCCUUCCUCCGCCGCUUCUUCCGCGCCGUCUGGAGUCACCUGCUGUCUUGCUCGUCGCUCGGCGGGCGCGGCCGGUACCGCCGGCUCAAGGCGGGCUUAUCGUCCUCCGUCCACCUCGUGGUGGUGGGGGAGGAGAAGCCGGUCACUGCAGCCGCCGCCGCUGUGGGGCGUGCGGUGCCGUGCGCGGACGUGGAGGCGGAUUCCGACUUGGUGACCUUGAAGAUUAGCCUCCUUGGCGACCGCCAUAUAGGGAAAACAAGCUUCAUGAUCAAGUAUGUGGGGGAUGUGGAGGAGCAGAGGGGGCUGCAGAUGACAGGAUUGAAUCUGAUGGACAAAGUUUUGGUUGUUCGUGGAGCGAGGAUUGCGUUUAGCAUGUGGGAUGUGGGAGGUGAUGACCAAUUUCUGGAUCACGUCCCCAUUGCCUGCAAAGAUGCUGUGGCGAUUCUUGUUAUGUUUGAUCUUACCAAUCGUUCUACCCUAAACAAUGCCAUUGACUGGUAUCAAAGAGCAAGAAAAUGGAACAAGACAGCAAUUCCCAUCUUGAUAGGGACGAAAUUUGAUGACUUUGCUCAGCUUCCUCUUGAAAUGCAGUGGACGAUCGUGAAUCAGGCCAGAGCAUAUGCAAGGGUGAUGAGAGCAUCACUGUUUUUUUCGAGUUCCACCCACAACAUAAAUGUGAACAAGAUUUUCAAGUUUAUCACAGCCAAACUCUUUAACGUGCCUUGGUCACUCGAGAGAAACCUGACCAUCGGAGAACCUAUUAUCGACUUUUAGGGUUCUCAUUUUUCCUUUGCUUUCUUUUUUUUCUUUUUGCCUUGUAUGCUGCAUGGCAUUUUGUCUUGCGAGUGUAAGAUUGUACAUAGAAAAUACUGCUGAGACGGGGGGAAUGCUAUCAAACUCAACUGCUAUCAAACUCAUGUUGAGUUUAACCCUUGAACUCCUCCUGCCUUUUUCAUCACGAGUAGUAUCGAAAAAUUACUUGGAUCUGA